GCGCUGGGCGGGCCGCCGGCGGGAAGGGGCGGGAAGGCCGCCCGGCUGCUCCCCGGGCCCCUCUGCCCCUCCGCCGUAGGGCCUUAGGCAGGAAAGAUGGUUUCUCCCCCAACCCGAUACCUAGUGUUCUUUCAGUACUUUGGCACUAAAUAUAGUGGGGUUAUGGAGACUUUGAAUGAUCAGUCAAUACUUGGAGUCCAGAAUUAUUUGCAGAAGGCAGCACAGAACCUAAAACCCAUUGUUCCCAUCAAGUUCUACAUCUCCAGCCGAACAGAUACUGGCGUCCACGCACUCUGCAACUCUGCUCACCUGGACAUCCAGAGGGCACCAGGAAAGCCAGCUUUUAAUGAGAAACAGCUCAUCUACUCUCUUAAUUACCACCUGAGGCCUGAGCCAAUCCGCAUUUUGAAUGCCUACCGAGUGGCCAGUAGCUUCCACGCGCGCUUCUCUGCACUGUCAAGAACCUACGUUUAUCGGCUGUUGAUGGGCUGCACUCAUCAUUCUGAAAUACCAGUGUUCGAAAGGGAUCUCUGCUGGGCUCCUGUGGGAGGCCACCUGAAUGUGCCCGCCAUGCAGGAUGCAGCCCAGUUCCUGCUGGGAACCCACGACUUCAGCACCUUUCGCUCACUUAACUCCGAAACACCUUUCCAGUCUCCAAUCAGAACCAUCCUCCAGGUAGACAUCCGACCCUCUUCUGGUUUCCUGUCCCACCACUAUGAACACAGGGGGCUGGAGUUCUGGGAGCUGAAGUUCAGGAGCAGAUCAUUUCUUUACCGACAGGUCCGAAGAAUGGUUGGGGCUCUAGUUGCAGUUGGCCAGGGAAAACUAGCACCUCAUCAUAUAAAGGAGUUACUGGAGAUAAAAGAUUCACGAGCUUUUCCACCGAAUGCCAUGGCUCCACCAUCUGGACUCUUUCUAAAAUCAGUGGAAUAUAACGAAGCAGAUUUGGACACUACAGUUGCCCCAGGAGAAUAGCAGCUCUGUGAGAUACAGCCGUGUCUGAAAGGACUGUUGUGGAUUUGGGAUGGACGUUUGCCAAGUGCUCUUUACGCAAUACACGGUCUUGGUCUCAAUAAAAAUCAUUGACUGGGACUGUAGGCAUCUGCCUAUUGUUUGUUCUUGCCCUCUGAGACUGCCAAGGGGAAAGGAAGAACAAGUCCAUGCUGCGUUCGGAUAACCGCGUUUAUUUCUUUUUUUCUGCAAUUCUGGUGUGUGUGUCUCAAACAGGAGGAGGAAGGAGCGGGGCUUGGGGUUUUUGGUUUUGUUGUUUGUUGGGAUUUUUUUCUCCUUCUGUGGUGCGUGUGGGAGGGAUACAGGCUUAGCACGGGGGAGAAUGUAGCACACUCCCUCUCUGCCCUCUCCUCUGUAGCCCCGGCUUUGUACAGCGAACUGCAAGGGACAGCCGUUACUGUUUGAUGCGGUGACUUGCAGAAAUAGCCUUUGAAAAUACUUGCUGUUUCUUCUCCUCAUCAGCAGUCACUCUCUUGCUGAACUGUAGUGGUGUUUACAUGAUCCUGUUCCCUGGUACAAAGUCAUGUCUGUUGCACUUUGGAUGUGGCGUGUUACAGGGGAAAGUUCCUUUGAGGUCACUUACAACCUGUUUUCAUGGUCGCAGCCUGGCCUGGUGGCACAGGAGCAGCUGUACGAGGGAGUCAGCCUCAGCUUGAAAUGAAGCGCUUUCGGUGGUGACAUGAAAUGAAGCUUUGGGUGGUGGAGGCUCUGCAGCAGGAGGUGGCUGCCAU